AUGAUGCCCACGUUUCGCAUAUCGCUCAUCUGCAGCCUGGUCCUGACCUUGUUGCUCGUCAAGAGCCAUCUGGACUCUAUCAAGUCCGAUCACCAGGACCGCCGCAGAUUCGACUUUGUGGUCAACGACGGAGGUGCACUUAUCGAGCUGGUCUCGAAAGAUCAAGUGCCGACUCCGGUUCAUUCUUCAUCGCGGGUGUCUAGUUCAACUACCACGACCCCGACACCCACCUCCAAAGCGUGGCCGGAGCCCACUAACCCGGGUAUAAAGCGAACGGAGUUUAAGCCACAGAUUAUACCGGUGGAAGUACCGGGGGGAUGGGAUGACGACAGUUUUGAUUUUGCCCCAUUCUUAUGGGACUCUACGGAGGAUGACAAGGAGGAGGAGGACGACGACGAGGAGGAGGAGGACGACGACGAGGAGGAGGAGGAAGAGCGCAAGCUCACCCCGUCGUCGCCCCCGAAGCCCAAAGUGACCCCAAAGUCCGAUCGCAUCGUCGUCAUGGGCAGGACGUCUUGGGAAAACACGGAUUGGCUCGAAGAGGAGCUGCCCGACUGGCAGCAUGCAGUCUACGUGGUCGACGACCCGGACGCUGAAUACUCCGUCCAGGAGAAUAAAGGCAAGGAGAGCAAUGUCUACCUUCAGUACAUCAUGGAUCAUUACGAUGACAAGUCGCUCCCGGACUACAUCGUCUUCCUCCAUGCGCACCGCAGCAGCGCGCACGUCGAAUUCAUGGAGCAGAACAACGCUCUCACCGUACAACGUCUCCAACUCGACUAUCUUAAAACGUCGGGCUAUGUUAACCUGCGAUGUGAUUGGGGUCCCGGGUGUCCCGAUGAAGUUCAGCCAUUCCGACAACUGGACGGGCGCACAACCGAGAUUGCAUUUGCUGGCGCUUGGAUCCGUAUUUUCAACAACACCGAUGUCCCCGAAGUUAUCGCCGCGCCGUGCUGUGCGCAGUUCGCAGUCACGAAGGAGCAGAUACGUGCUCGUCCGUUGAGUGACUACCAGGCUUAUCACCACUGGCUCAUGACUACCGAGCUGGAUGACGAAACCAGCGGCCGGGUCUUCGAGUACCUGUGGCAUAUUAUCUUCGGGAAGGAGGCUGUAUAUUGUCCGUCAAAGGCACAGUGUUAUAGCGAUGUAUACAACAUCGAAUAUCUCCCGGAAUGGGACUGGACUUUGCCCGAGGACGGGUGGCUUGGCGAAGGGGAGUGGAAUGACGAUCUAGAAGAUCUAGACGAAGAAGAUUUAUCAUCUGUGAUUGAAGAUGAUGCACAAGUCACCAGCGGAAAUUCGUCAAAAACUGACAAGGAUCAGUAUGUGGUGAGUGAUGAUUUAUCGGAUUAA